AAUAUCAUAAAAAUGAAUGAGUGCUGCUGCUGAGCUGAGCUGAGAUGUGUCGGUAGUCGGUAUCUCUCUCUUGCCCGCUGUCUUCCUCCUCCUCUCUCCUCUCUCCUCUCUCCUCUCUCCUCAUCCUUCAAGUCCUCAACUCAACUGUAUCAUUCCGCGUCAGGGGAAAUACAUACAAAAUUAAUAUAAUACUUUACCAUUUCUAUCUUUUUAUAUUCCCAAAUUCCCAAAUUCACAAAUUCACAGCUCUCGUCUCUUCUCUUCUUUUGGGGAGACUUGGCUAGUUUGCUUUCUGCGUUUGAGAAAAAAAAAAAAAAAAUCAAAUUUUAAUAGAAAUGCUGAUGCUGCUUCUCCCGGACAGGAGAAGCAUUUGACUUUUAUGUAGACUCCAUUUUUUGUAGUUUAAUAUUUUAGUUUUGUAUGUAUGGAUCUGCUUUUGUGUCUCUUUCUUUUCUAAAACUCUUCUCAAGAAAGAAACCAAAGAUUGGAUUUGAGGGCAGCAGCAGCGGCUAAUUAAGCUAUAAUAUAUACAUAUACAUACAACAAAGGGAAGAGAUCGGGGAAGAAUGUCUCCUUCGAAUACAAGGUCGGUGGAGAAUGGCAAUAAUGGAGGAGGAGGAGGAGGAGGAGGCAAGAAUUUCAUAGAGCACCAAGUCUCCAAGAUGGACACACUUGCCGGCGUUGCCAUCAAAUACGGCGUCGAGGUGGCUGACAUUAAAAGGAUGAAUGGGUUUGCUACAGAUCUUCAAAUGUUUGCUUUGAAGACUUUGAAAAUACCUUUGCCAGGAAGACAUCCGCCAUCUUCCCCUCUUUCUCUACGCGAAAACAACACUGAAAAAUCCACCCCAUGUCUUGGUCGAGCUAUUCUGCUAGAACCAUUCCGCUCUGUCGGUUCAAAAGCUCCCAAAGAGAAAGUCACUACAGCAAUGAGCACUUUACAAAAAUACUAUGGUCUAAGAUCCCCAAAUUUGGGGGAUACAGCUGAAGGCAUGGAGAUGGCAGUCUACAGAAGUCGAAGUUCAGAAUGCUUUAAUGAUGAGGUGCUGUCACCAUUGUCUGAAAGUCACCCUAACAAGUCUAGGCAUUCUUCAAUUGAUCUUUUAGCUGAGAAUGGUGCAAUGGCUGAUUACACGCACCUUGCAGAACCUGGAAAUGGGGAGGGUGAGAAAUCUGAUGAGAAAUCGGUCCGAAGGCGUCAGAAAGCUGAAGUUGAUAAUGGUACUGGUACACCAGAAAGGCUGUUAAAAGGGGAAAACAGUGGUGGGAGCAGUGGUUUCUCUUCUUCAACAGGAAAUGGUUUAGCCAUGAGGCAGAAAUCAGCAAGCCGAGCAGUACUGCAAUCUGAUUCGGAGUCAGGAUGGUUGAACUCCAUUCCAGUGGGAUUAGGCGAUUCUAUCAUAACUGACGAAAUGGCUGUUGUUCGUAAAUCAUCAAGCACAUCAAGCUUAAAAGACCAGGAGAGUAAUAACACAGCAUCAGUUUGGCCAACGUCAAGGUGGAGCUUGAAACAAGACUUGCAAGCUCUCUCAACUGCAACGAUGGCUAGACCAAUCUUUGAUGGCUUACCGAAGCCAAUAACUGGCCGCUGGAAAGCUGCCCUUGAUUAGAGAAAUUCAUUUGCACUUUGAUAUAGAUGAUUUGUUUCCUUGCAUUAGAUCCAGUGGGCUGAAAUAUCUCAGCUACAAAAUUCGCCAAAGUUAUACAUGAUAUAGCUGCAGUAAAAUCAGAGGGGGAGAAGUAUAGAAGGAGAAUACGGUAAAUAAAGAUUUCUUUUCAACUAUUGGAUGAUAAUGAUAUGCAGCAAUAUGCUAAAUAGCAUUUCAAGUCUGAAGCAGUAGCUGCAGCAGCUUGAGAAAAGCUGUAAUGGAGAUGGUAUGUGACCAAAUUAUUUAUUAUUUCGUUAUUCUUGUGAUGUGUUACUUUGUAUCAAAAAAUAGCAAUCCCACUUGGACUGGGAAUUUAAGUUAAGAUCGGUCAUGUUAUCUUAAUAAAGGUAGUAAUGUCAAGCUGUGCAUUACAGUACAAUUGUAUCAUCGCUUGCUUAUUGGCAAUGGAGAUUGAAUUUUUUUUGGCACAA